AUGUCUUCCACUCAAGCCUACUACACCUACCCCGCCUACCCCCAAUCGGGCAGCAUGCCCAUCAGCAUGCCUAGGAAGCCGUCUCCCUACUACACGCCCCCGCACCACCACAACGCGCGUGAGCGGCUGUCCGUCUCGCCCCCCGAGGCCGCCGACAGCGUCACCACCGGCGGGCCCUCGUACGACCCCUCCGCCACCUCCAGCAGCUACGCCGGCUCCACCAGCGACUAUGAAGCCAGCAGCGGCCCCGGCGCCGCGAGCAUCGACCUGCUCGACUACAUGGGCGACCGCCUGAACGGCGCGUUUGACCCGCUGCCGCUCGACCGCAGUUUGGCCAAGCAGGCGCAGACUUCUGGCGAGCUCAACGCCAAAUCCCGCGAACUGCUGCAGCUGCAAGCCCUGGCGCAGAGCCGGCUCGCGGCCACGAGCAGGAACUUCGCCGACGGCAUGAAGGCUGCCAAGGAGGUCCAGCGCGACCUGGAGUGGACGCAGAAACGCGUGAGCUCGAUCAACCAGCGCGCUGCCCGCAAGUACCCGGCCGAGUACAAGAUGGCGUCAGAGCGGUAUCCGGCGCCCGUCGACUGCUAG